CUAGGCACGUCCCCAUGGCUUCAUUCAAACUCUUUGAAAACUUCAAAGCGUGGAGCGCACCAUCUCUCGCAGGGGGGUUUAUCUCUACUCCGCAUUCAUUAAAGCGUACAAAACGAGACAUUCUCAGAUCAAUGCUCGGCUUGUCGCCUAGCCGCUUUAAUGCCAGGCGAAGGGAGUUAAACACGAAACGGGAAAGGGCGACAAGGUCGACGUGAACACGGCGCGCGGUCGAAUGUGUGACAUGUACCGCGAAUCUCGGGCAAAACACGCGACGAAUUCCCCCCCUGCGAUAACGCCGCGAUGGACGAGUCCAAAGACCCGGUCGAGAUCGGAGAGUUGUAGGAUUCCGGAGUGCACUGCUGGGUGCGUUUUCGAGAUUCAGGUGAGCGAAGCCGAGCCGCGAACACGAGAAGAUCUAUCUAUUGGUAGGCGGGGAUCGAGCUGGGGGGGGGAAUACAAUCACGUUGUGCGGGACAGAUCCCUUCCCUCACUAACGAUUCUGGGUUUAUUUUUUUAAAAACUCCGGAAUCCACAUCGCUGGAAAUCCUUUGAGGGUUUCGCGGCCUCCCGGACGAGCCCCGCGUCCAGGGCGAAUACGCGAGGGCCAGGAGUUACUUUCAUCUUUUUUUGCUCGCUCGAGAAACUUGGCUGGGCGCGAACGCACGGACGGAACGAGCCGAGCGACGCAGUGCCAGGGCCUCGGAGUCGAACUCGGCAAGGGGGGGUGGGUGGUGGGGGGCGGUUUCUCUCCUUCGAGCGCAUUUGGCGAGCUAUACGAAGGCGGCAUCCAUCAUCUCCGUCGUCUUCCUUCCCCCAUCCUCCAUCCCUCCUCAUCCUCCAUCCCGCAUUGCUUAAUUAUUUCUUUACGUUCUCCCUCUACCCACCACCACCCCCCCGUAACGCCACCCGCACGAAACAAACCACAGACAGCUCGAGAUUUGCAGAGGUAAACGUCGAAGAGCGAGAGAGAGAGAUACGGGGGAGGAGGAGGCGGGGGGCGAAAAGAAAGAUUUGAGAGAGCGAGAGAAGAGUGGUGGAGAGGCGAGCUCUAGCGAGACGGAGAGAGCACAGAGAGAGAGUGAGAGCUUUGGUGGGUGGGUGUGUGGGGGGUAACAGGCGAGAGAAGAGCCUGGAGAGAGGGAGGUGAUGCCGGAGGCAGUAGUAGGAGGAGGAGGAGAAAGAGACGGCAUGAUGGCGCGGAGGAGGAUGAGCGCCCUCGUUCCGCGCGCUCCACGACCCCUCCUGACCGCCGCGCUCGCCGCCCUCGCCUGCUGCCUGUUGUGCUCUCUGCCCGGCGAAAGCCGCGGGGGCGACGCCGAGGUGACCUCCAUGGUGGCUCGAGCGAGACUCCUGGCCGAGCACAUGAGGAAACUUUCCACGGAGGAGUUGGGGGUGGACACCCUGCAGAAGGUGUACAGCUCGUUCGCUUACACGGAACGGAUGUCCAACGGAGAGACCGAGGUGCAGCAGCUCGCCAAGCGUCUGCGUGAGAAGUUCUCCCGCUACAUGGACGUGGUGAGCCGCAACAAGCAGGUGGUGGAGGCAGCCUACACUGCUCACCUGAGCUCACCGCUCACCACGUCGCAAGACUGCUGCAACCUCCCGGCAUCCAUGCUCACGUACGACGGUAACUUCAACAGCAACGUGUCCAAGACGAUGAGCUGCGACCGCCUCUCCAGCACCGUGAACAGCCGCGUGUUCAACCCCGGCCGGGACUUCAACCCAGUGCUGGUGGACAACCUCAAGGUGAACCCGAGUGUCAAGUGGCAGUACUACAGCUCGGAGGAGGGCGUCUUCACCGUGUUCCCCGCUCACCGCUUCUCCUGCAAGGGAAACUACGAGCACCGCAGCCGGCCGGUGUACGUGGCGACGGUGCGGCCCCAGUCGAAGCACGUGGUCAUCCUCCUGGACGUCGGCGCCUGGACCACGGAGGCUCAGCUGAGGAUCGCUCGCGACGCCGCCACCACCGUCAUCUCCGCCCUUAACCACCACGACAAGCUCGGCGUGCUCGCAGUGUCGGACACGGCCAAGGCCUGCCCGCUCGACUCCUGCUACCGCACGAUGCUGUCGCCCGUCACCGCGGAGACGAGGCGCAAGAUGGCGGCGUUCGUCGCCGCGGCGAGGCCCACGGACGCGCCUACCCAGCAUGCACUGGGCUUCCGCCGUGCCUUCCAGCUGCUGGCGGCCACGCGGGAGCUGGGACGGGCGCGUGGAGGGUGGCGCCACCAGGCAACGGCAGAGGUGGUGGACAUGGUGAUCGUGUACCUGUCGCCGGGGGUGACGGGAGCGUCGCCGGGCGACGACGAAAAGCGGCAGACGCUGGCGGUGGUCGCGACCGAGAACGCCGCCCUCAACAACUCCGUCAUGAUCCUCACCUACGCGCUCAUGAACGAAGCGACGAUGGGGCUUCGCGAGCUGGCCUUCCUGCGCGACCUGGCCGAACAGAACUCGGGGAAGCACGGCAUCCCGGCGGAUCGCCCGCCCUUCGACGAUCGCCCCCGCGCCGCGCAGUUCCCGCAGGCCUCCUUCUCGGGGCCCCCGGCGGCGGCGCCCCCCCCGGCGGCGCCAUGGGGCCCCCCACUCGCCCCCGCGCCCAAGGGCACCAUGAUGGUGCUCAACCCGCUGAGCAACCUGGAGACGACGGUGGGGAGGUUCUACACCAACCUCCCCAACCGCAUGGUGGACCGCGCUGUCGUCAGCCUGCCGCGCCGGGACGACGUGGGCGACGGACUCGUGAUGACGCUCAGCAAGCCGUGCUACUUUGGGAACAUGCUGCUGGGCGUCGUGGGCGUCGACCUGGCGCUGGCGGACGUGCUGGAGGACGUCACCUACUACCAGGACAACCCGGCCUCCUACGCCUUCCUCAUCAACACCAAAGGCUACACGGUGAUGCACCCGUCGCUGGUGCGGCCCAUCCAGCAGAGGGAGCCGCCGCUCCACACGGACGUCCUGCACUACGAGAACGUGCCCGGCUUCGCGCUCGUGCGAUACAACAUGCUCAGCCUCCCGCUGGGCAGCCAAACCAUCACCGUGCCCGCCAAUGCCUCGCUGUCUUGGCACGCCAGCCGACUGCGCGACACCGGCCGGACGGGUGCCUACAACGUGAGCUACGCCUGGAAGCUGGUCCAGGACACGGCGUUCAUCGCGUGCGUCGCCGUCGUGCAGCCGACGGUGCCCACCAAGCACCUCAAGUCGCUGGGCGCGCCCCCCGGCGGCAAGCUGCUCUACCACCGCGUGGACCUGCUGAGCCCCCCCAACCUGUGCAUGCACUUCCGCCAGCUGUCCACGCUCGAGAGCCCCACGGUGAUGCUGUCUGCGGGGGGGUUCUCGGACCCGUUUGAGCACCUGAGCCAGCCGGAGACGCGGCGCAUGGCGGAGCACUACAUGGCGUACCUGAGCGACAACACGCGGCUCAUCGCCAACCCCGGCCUCAAGUCGCUGGUGCGGGCGGAGGUGAUGGCCACGGGCCACGUGUCGGAGGAGUGGACCACGCAGAUGGAGCUCAGCUCGCUGCACAACUACAUCGUGCGGCGCUACGUGGCCACGCCCAGCGGCGUGCUGCGCGUCUACCCCGGCACGCUCAUGGACAAGGCCUACCACCCCUCCCGCCAGCAGUGGUACCAGCAGGCCAUCGCCAACCCUGGGCUCAUCACGCUGUCGGGCCCCUACCUGGACAUCGGUGGGGCCGGCUACGUGGUCACGCUCAGCCACACCAUCCACGCCUCCAGCUCCAAGGCGGAGCUGGGCCAGGUGGUGGCGGUGAUGGGGAUGGACUUCACUCUUCGCUACUUCUACAAGGUCCUCACCGACUUCAUCCCCGCAUGCAAGGCCGGGGCUGCCGGGAGGAUCCGAUGCUUCAUCAUGGAGGACAAGGGCUACCUGGUGGCGCACCCCACCCUGGUGGACCCGCGGGGCCACGCGCCCGUGGAGCAGCAGCACAUCACGCACAAGGAGCCGCUCGUCGCCAACGACAUCCUGAACCACCCGAUGUUCGUCAGGAAGAGGCUGUGCAACAGCUUCAGCGACCGCACCGUGCAGCGCAUGUAUCAGUUCAACACCAGCCUGCAGGGCGAGCUGACGAACCUGGUGCACGGCAGCCACUGCUCGCGCUACCGCCUGGCGCGCGUUCCCGGCACCAACGCGUUCGUGGCGCUGCUCAACGAGACGUGCGACUCGCUGGCGUUCUGCGCCUGCAGCAUGGUCGACCGCCUCUGCCUCAACUGUCACCGGAUGGAGCAGAACGAGUGCGAGUGCCCUUGCGAGUGCCCCCUGGAGGUCGACGAGUGCACGGGAAACCUCACCAACGCCGAGAACCGCAACCCCAGCUGUGAAGUCACACAGGAAACGCUGAGCCUGGCCACCUUUGACCCCGCGCUACAGGAGACGCUUCCCCAGUGCAUCAAUACGCGCUGCAGUCAGCGCCACACCAAGAGUGACUGCUUCGGCGUGCUGGACUGCGAGUGGUGCACGGUGGACUCGGACGGGGGCACGGCGCUCGACGCGCCGUACUGCGCCCCCCAAAAGGACUGCUUCGGCGGCGUCGUGGGCGCCCGCAGCCCCUACGCCGAAGGGAAAGGUGCCGUGGAGGACGCCGGGGCCCUGGGGGCCGUGAAGAGCGCCCCCGUGGGGCCCGUGGCCGGGGGCAUCAUGGGCGUCGUCAUGGUGGUGGUGCUGGGCAUCUACGCCUACCGCCAUCAGAAGCAGCGGCAGCGGCACCAGCACAUGUCCCCGCUCGCCACGCAGGAGAUGUCCGUGCGGAUGUCAAACAUCGACACGGAGCGCGACGAGGACAGCCACGAGGACCGCGGCAUCAUGGGUCACACUCGCUUCAUCGCCGCCGUCAUGGAGCGGAGGGCCCACAGUCCCGACCGACGGCGCCGCUACUGGGGACGCUCGGGCACCGAGAGCGAUCACGGCUACAGCACCAUGAGCCCGCAGGAGGACAGCGAGAACCCGCCUUGCGGCCUCGACCCGCUGCCUCCCAUCGGCCUGCGCCUGCCCUCCUCGGGUCGCCGCGGCGACCACCCCGCCGGUCGCUGCGAUGACGCCGGCCGUUGCCGUGGAGCGCAGCAUCACGCCCAGCAGCAGCAGCAGCAGCACCAGCUGCAGCAGCAGCAGCAGCAGCUUCAGCAGCAAAACGAGGAGUCGUCUCGUUACCGUGACGACGAGGAGCUGGAGCCGGACACCCCGCCGCAGACGGCCGCCCUCCUCGCCAAACCGUGGGGGGGGGGCGGCGGCGGCGGCCGCCCGCCGAGGCACGGAGGCGGCCACCACCACUUGCACCACCACGGGCCGGGCUCGUCCUCCCGCCACGGCCACUGCCUGCAGGCGGCCGUCACGGUGCACGCCGAGUGCUGACGGUCGCCCCCGGUCGUCUGGCCCGCGCGGCCACCGGCGGCGGGCCCGUCGGGGGCCGCCGCGCGGCCUCCGACCCGCGCUGCCGGUGCCCCUGGGAGCCCUUCGCGCGACGAGGGCGGCGGUGGGAAAUCGGCGGUGCGGGGGUGGGACAGCCCCGCUCGUCGACCUGCGGUACGCGACGUGUUUGGGGGAGGGGGCGGGGGGCUUGAAGGUGAGGAGGCCAGAACGCAGCCUGGCAUCCGAAUCCGCGCCGCCACCCGUUGUGCCCGGCGCUGCCAUUCCCCUCUCCCUGCCUGCGUGGCAUCGUCGCCCAUUUAGUGACGUGCGGGCACGCUCGGGGGAGGAGGGGGGUGGGGGUAAGCGUCGGUAGAUGGGGCGGCGCCUCGCCAUCGAACGCCUGGCCGAAGGCCGUUGACGGCGGGGGAAUCCUCUGGCGUGCAACGGUCCCUCCGGUGGCCCCACGGCUCAAAGUCUCCGAACGAAUGUAAAACAACAGAGCUGUCCGUGGUGCCGUGUGCGGACAUCGACGAACUCCGCGAGUCCGGACACGAGGUGAGAAACUUCACCUGUUGAAGAGGAGAAAACGCCUGCGGAGCAAGAAAGUCGCUUUGAAAAUGUGAAAUUGUUCUUCGUUGGUAAGCGGCGGAGGUACGCGCGUGGUGGUGGUGGUGGUGGUAUUAUCUGUGGACGCGAUACGAUUAUGAUGUUGUCGUCGACGAGUGGUUUAAACGUCUCCGGAUAUGAAGUCGAGUUUUUGAUGUAGGAUAACAAAAGUGUCUCGUGUUUAAAAGCCCAUCGCACGCGCACGCACACGCCGAGAGUCGCCGUGACGAUUCUUCCUCACGCGAGCGAACACAACCGGACGAUGAAGCAGCCCGAGCGAAGGCGAGCAGACCGGACCGGAUCUGACCGGAACGGAGUGGAACAGACCGGACCGGAUUACAAUCGACCGGAACGGAUCUGACCGGGACCGGAUUUGAAUCCACCGGAACGGACCCGACCGCAGCGCGAGAGGCACGUGGUUGGGAUUGCUAUCUCCCGAGAAGUCGACAGGGAAGAAAAUGGAAUUUAAAUGAAGGAAGUGAACACAAGUAAAUAAUGGAACAAUGUGAUGGGGGGGGAAAAAAACUGACUCUUAAACAACAGGCCUGGUACUAAAGUUUUAUAUUCGAUAUCCGAAUCACGAGGAGAGCUAUUUUAUUGAUAAACUCGGCAGUUGAAAGCAGUGCAAGGCGGCAAGAUGACAAUGAUUAUUGUUUGUGUUUUUAAAAAUCGCAGCUCCCGCGGUAGGUUUUCCUCGCGAGAGAGCUGCUAUUGCGGCUACGAUUACCGCGCCUGAGGUACACAGAACCGGGAUGACAUCACGGGUGAGAGAGGAAUCAUGUUUCACAACACCAGGGGAGGGGACUCCACGCCAUCGCAUCGCGGACUUGGCACCGUCUUAUCAGGGACUCGUCGUGUCCCAGAAGAAGACGGACAAUAUUCCCCAGGACAGCAGCUGCCUUGACAAGCCGAGGAUCCCGGGGAAAUCCAGGAACACCCCGAGUUGUGGCCGAAGGCGUUCUCCUCCCCCAGGUUCUGACGAGGCGUUGGCUCGCAACAGGCCCGCUCCGUGGGAAAAGGCGCGACGGCAUCUUCUUGUCUGGUGCUGUUUGCCACGGGGGAAGGCGUCCACCUCGACACGCCAGCGCCGGUUGUUGAGUCGGUCGCAGGUCCGUGUGAGCGGUGAGCGAGUGCGCGCGAGGUGAGUGUGUGUCUUUGUUUUAUCUGAAGUCCUGUGGUAGUUACAGUCACGGUGGAGAUGGGUCAGUGGCCACUUGCGCCUAUCCUGCGCCCCCACCAGCCGGCGUGGUGGGUGUGUAGACGCCGAUUAGCACUGCUGAGUCGCCGUCUGCCACUAAGAGGAGAGACGGGAGACCCUGACCCAUAACUCCUAGGUCUGUCCAAGUGGACCGCCUGCCUAGCGAGCCUUUGGCACUUCACGAGGCAAUCCAAUUGCACCUAGCCUGGCGCAAGCGCCGUGGUGAUGUCACCGUCGCCUUAGCGGCGAAUGGACGUUGCCGAUGUGUUGCGUCCGUGCGGUGGGCCGGUGGCAGCACAGUAGUUUGUGGCACAGCUGCAAACUUGACAAGGCCUGCAUUUGAUUUUUCUGGCCACCGCUAACAUCGGUGGCCAACAGGUAUUCCCCGACCUGUCCUGGGCCUCCCGCCUGUAAGGCCACUCGGCCUUGCACGAGUACCGGCUGCGGUGUCGAGGCAUCAACACCAGGGGAACACAAAGGGUGGCCCGUGGGGAGGGGGGGCCGGCUUACACCAUCCGCUCGUGCACGUUGCCGGCCUUGAUAGGUGUUCGCUAACAAGCACUUGUCCCCAACAGUCGUCCAAAUGGGAAUAUCUUUAUUUCGGUCUGCGUAUGGAUUUGUGCGCGUGUCUAAACCGCGUGCGCGCGCGUGUGCCACCGUGUAUAUUAACACGUGCCAUUUCUCUGUGGCGCGGAUUUUGGAGAACAAAACUGGUGGAUAUUGAUGAUGAUGAAGAUGCGGAUCUGUUGGGGCACGUCCUUCGUGUGUUUAUUUGUCUCCUGAGCUGCCAAAGUGUGCGAGAUUGUUACCUCAUUUUCAUGAAAAGGCAUUGCUAUGUCACUUCACAUACAUUUUUUGUUGUCGUCGGUCCUAUGUUAUUUAUUCUUUUAAUUUGUAUUGUAUCACUUUACGUGCUCUCUGUUCUGUGCCUGCAUGUGUUUAUAUUUUUAAUUAAUGACUUGACUUGUAAAACGAACCGAGCUCUGGUUUUGUGUUUUGUUUUACCAACUCCUCCGUGCGGAGUUUGCAGGGGAGAGGCGAUGAUUUGACGUCAGUUUUUUUUUUGCCAGAUGCUGGCAAUGUUGCCGCCAAAACUGACUUUUGUCAACGCGUGAAUUUGAACCCCCCCCCCCACCUCCCCCCCGGGAGCUUGAGUGCGGGGAAAAUUCUUAUAUUUUUAUAAAGAUUUUCCGUAACUUCCCGCCCAGGGCUACGAUUGUGGGACGAUCAUUAAUGUCGUGAGAGCGAAACGGGUCGUAAGUCAAAAGGUAAAAAUCUUCGGUGUCGUAGCGAGAUGGUGAAGCUCACUCGCGUUAAGAACUGUUUGGUUGGUAACGUCAUCGAAACCCGCUGUCGCCGGCCAGCCAACCUGGCGGCAAGAUAUGAAUCUAUUCGCGCUGACCCGGGUCACCAUCGUGACCCGGGUCACCAUCGUGACCCGGGGGUGCCAAAACCUCCAUAACUCCGAAACCAGAAGGCCUAUGAAGAUGGGAGAUGUCACUGAGCCCGAUACGUACGCCAAAUAUGGAAAUAAAAAAACACACGCAAAACACUCAUAAACAAGGGGGGCUGCUGGGGAUUUGUGCGUGGCAACGGCUGUUUAUCGCUUGUUGUGAAAGUACAUCGGGAUGCUGGUCUGGUCAUUCCCCAGCACGUUCUGCUUCUUACGGGGGCGGCCACCCCAUUGUCUUUGGGAGCGAGACCACUUGGAGGCAAUGGCGCACCAGGCGCUCUCUUGGUACGGCCGGCGGUCACGGUCGUGCUGGCGGGAUCGACAUCGUCGUCAUCAUCGCUCCCAGUGUCGCCCUCCGGCAGGACAGGGUGGUAGUACCAGCGAUGCUACCAGAAAAAAAAGCUUAAACUAUGUCCGGCCCACCAAUAUUUUGCGGUGACCCGAGCUACCGCCAAUCGAUUCAUAUAACCAAGCCCCAUGCAUCAUCAUAUCUGGUAUGAUGUCAUCGCCGUUUAACACAUCUGGCUGAGGGAAGAAUUCUCAUGCCCAUUUAUUGUUGUUCGUGUUGUUAUCACGGUGUUCCGAUAUAAUCGGCGCUAACGAUGAGACUUGCCCGUCAGCCCUUACCCACCCGUGACAUUGCUCGUAUGUAUGUUCAACUUUCGCCGCCGCACGUAGCCAACCGUGUGAAUCGGUGGUGCGGGGGAAUGACGGCAAACUAAAAACCUGAACCCGCCACCCAGUACCGUAACUCUCUCGCGACAUCGCUGCGAUGUGCUCCGAACCCGGAGUUUGAGAAUCGUUAUUUCAAAAGAGUUUUGUGCAUUUUCGCCACGGCCGGACCGGCCCAAUAGGUUCGUCUGUCGCCGUCUGCGUCUUAAUUCUGUUUACAGCGUGAGCCCGCUCGGACGUGCAAACAAAAAAAAGGUAGGCGCGCUCUCACUUUGUCUCGUUUCCACGAAGUCGGAAUGCCAAAUGUACCGCGGUUUUAGGUUUUUACGCCGCCGUUCACCGUGUAACUCCCGCUUGUUUGUUAUUGUAUGACAUGUAUGACAUUAGGUUCUUGUUUAGCAAGGAGAUGGAAACACGGAGAGAUGUUGAGCCCCCCCUCGUGUUCCUUGUCUUCUGUCUCUAACUGAUCGCGUUUGCAGGGUGAGCCCUGUGCAGCUAGUGAGAUUUUUUUUUAAACUUCAUGGCGAGCCGACGAUCAAUUUCAUCCACCCCAGCAAGCCUGGAUAGACUGGAAUGCUAGGCCAACUAAGCCACUGCGCACAUAAGAAAUACUAAUAACAAAAGCCUCCCUGACUCUCGAGACACAGUUUCACGAGGGGUCCUGCAUCAUCGCAAUGUUUGGUCAUGAAUUCUGUGACGUGAGAGUUUGGCCUCGUGUGGCAGGAGACCGGAGAAAACCCCCACCACACAGGGUGGGGAGUGACACUCGGCACUGCCUUCUCCUGGCCACACCUCGAAUCGGCCGACAAAGCCUGGCAUGGCCUUGGGUGGCGGUCGCCCAUCCAAGCACUAGUCAGGCUCGACACCACUCAGCGGAUGAGGUUGUUGUGCAUUCCAGGCGAUUUGGUUAUCGGCCAUUCGUCUUGUAUGGCCGUGCGGCAGCGCGGUUGACUCUUGGUGCAGACGGACCACGGUUCAAACCCGAGUGGACCGCCCCGGUGAAUACUGCGAGUGUAUUAACCAAACGCGCUUUAGAUCCCGUGACGGUGAUUUGAAAACUCCAGGGGGGAGCGUCGCCAAAGCGGAAACGGAAAUUCCUCGCAAAUGAUCACUCGUGGGCGAAGCCACGGAGCAGCAUUGCCGCCGCGUGCUUUGCUGGCAGACGACACCGCCUAAGUCCAACAACAGCCCCGUCGGUGACAGCCUCUGACUGACGGGCGGCACGGGUUCGUCCGAUGGCUCUUCACACGGAGCGUCGUGCGGUGCGGCGUGCUGAGCGUGAACACGGGUGGGUGGAGGGGGGGGACGACGACACCCAACGCUUGGAAUACAUUUUCACAUUUUUUUAUUUAUCAAAAAAAAGGAUCAAAAACAUUUUUUGUGUAUUUUUUGUUAAAUGCAGCACAUUUGUAAAGUUUUUAAGGUCCAUGAUUUGUGUCCGUGAGUCAAAAAGUGCGAAUGCGCGCGCGA